AUGGCAGCGUCAACAGUUUCUCCUUAUCAUCAGCCAGGCCUGACCGCGCAGCAGAUUGCCAUGCUAAAUGCUACGGCAACGGUAUCGACGCCCUCGUCCGGGAAUACUCCGUCACCAAUGUGCUCCACUCCAGCUACCACUGUUCUUUGUGCUAACGGAUAUCGUCCAAUUGUACCGUAUGCCGGUCUGGCCCCACCCGUGGUAGCAAAUGUUUAUGAGGGAAAUCCAAUUUACCUCACUUCCCAUUCAUCGCACUGUGACAGCUUGAGCACUGAUGCUACUAAUGCUGCUGCUGUUACGUCAAGCGCUGCAUACCAGCGAACUGUCGUAAGUUUCCCAUUUUUUCCUUUCCGCCAACAUUUUAUGCGUAUUUGCGCGAAUUAUGCAAGCAGCAAAUGUUACGUAUACUGA